AUGAGCACUUAUUUAUAUUUACUGCUACUACUCGUCAUUCCGUCGUUUCUUCUUGUUGAUGCGAAUGGAACAACAAAACCCAAAAAGGUGUUGGUGUUCCUUCCGAUCAGCGGACACUCUCAUUUGAAAUUUAUGGGAACUAUUUCUAAUAUUCUGCAAGAUGAGGGAUACAACGUGACUGUUCUCUUGCCAAUCCUUGACGAAGGCCUCCGAGACACCACGCCCCUUGUACGAAAAAUCAAGCACCGUAUCCUUGUUGAACAAAACGAUGAGCUCAUCGAGGCGAACGUCCAAUUCAAGGCUGGAGGAGGUCGUGAAAACACCUGGGUUAUGAAUUCCGGAAUCGUUGGAUUCUUGAAAUUGGGAACCAAGGCUGCCAACAUUUGCAAGGCCUCGUGUAAAAAUAUCUUUGGAAACGAAACACUUAUCAACUAUCUCCGCGAUCAACACUUUGACGUUGCUGUUUCUGAACCUCUCUAUUCCUGUGGAUUCGCACUGUUCGAUCAUCUCGGAAUCGACAUUGCCAUCUCAGCCGACUCUCAUUUGGGUUUGGAAGUCUCCAAGAUUGCUCAUGGAGCAUCCAUCACCACUAGCUAUCUCCCAGCCGUAUUCUCAUCUGGAUCCGAGCGAAUGGGAUUGGUUGGACGUGUGAAAAACUUUGUGGAAUCCUAUUUCAACUAUCAUUUCAACAGUAAGAUUUAUGACUACGAAUUGAGUGGAAUCGAGGGGCUCUAUAAGAAUGGAAAAGGAUGGAGAGAGCUUCUGAGAAAGAACGCCUACAUGUUCGUGAAUAGUAAUCCACAAAUGGACAUUCCAAGUCCUCGCACUUCGAAAUUCGUGGAUAUCGGAGGAAUCUCAUCUGGAGCAUUCAAACAGGAAAAACUUCCUGCGGAGUACGAUAGAAUUCUCUCUUUGAGAAAGAACAACGUGCUUAUUUCGUUUGGUACCAAUGCAAAAUCAAUGUACAUGUCAGAUGAUAUGAAACUCUCCUUGAUCAAAACCUUCGAAAGCAUGCCUGACACCACAUUCAUUUGGAAAUAUGAGAACACAACGAUUGAUAUUGUCAAGCAGUAUAACAAAAAAAUCAAUAACGUGAUGCUGACCGAUUGGAUGCCUCAAACCGCCCUUCUUUCCGAUCCCCGACUCACUCUUUUUGUCACUCAUGGAGGAUUAGGAUCCACUAACGAAGUGGCUUUCUCAGGAAAACCAUCUGUGAUGGUGCCAGUCUUUGGUGACCAAACAAGAAACGCUCGAAUGUUGGAAAGACACGGAGUGGCUCUCCUUCUUACCAAAUACGAUUUGACGGACACCAAAAAAGGACAAAUCGUACUCAAUGAAAGCCGGAAGCUAGCUCAGAUGCUCCGUAAUCAGCCAGAAUCGCCAAAGGAGAUCUUCAUCAAGUACUUCAAUUUUGUCGCGAGAUUUGGAAAACCACAUGGGUUGGACUCGUAUGCUGCUGAAAUGAGCUUUGUCGAGUUCUAUUAUAUCGAUUUCUUCUUCAUUCUGAUUGUGAUGUCGAUGGCGAUGUACGUGGCGACGUCAAGGAUUCUGAAGGCAACGCAUAAUAUUACGAAUCUGAUUUCAAUCAAAUUCAAACUUUAA